AUGGUUGGUCCAACGGUGCCUGUAGCUCAUAUAUGCUACGCCGCAGUCUUAGCAUGGAUCACCUACCUUGUCGCAGGUGCUAUCUAUCGACUGUACUUCCACCCGCUUGCCAGAUUCCCUGGACCAAAGCUGGCAGCGUUGACAGGCUGGUACGAGUUCUACCAUGAUAUCAUCCAUAAGGGCCAAUUCAUCUGGAAGCUUCAAGCGCUUCACGACAAGUAUGGUCCAAUCAUCCGCAUCUCGCCAGAAGAGCUCCACAUCCGCGACUCGCAGUAUUACGAAGAACUCUAUGCACCGAGUUCCAAAAAGCGCGACAAGUACGUGGGAUGGGUUGCCAUGGCUGGCGCACCGGACUCGUCGUUUGCAACCGCACCUCACAAUCUCCAUCGCAUCCGUCGCGCGGCUCUGAAUCCGUACUUUUCCAAACGAUCAAUCGGCCAGGUCGAGGACCUAAUCUUGUCCAAGGUUCAGGUUCUGGGUCGCCGGUUCGAGGAAGCCUACAAAUCAGGGCAAGUCAUCCGACUGGACGCCGCCUACAUGGCCUUGACCAUGGAUGUCAUUACGCACUACUGCUUCGGCGACAGCUACAACUACUUGGAGGAAGACGACUUCAAGGCUUCGUGGAAGGAGACCGUGAUAGCUGGAUCGGCCAACGGUGCAUUCCUCCGACAAUUCCCUUGGGCUCUUCCGCUAUUGAAGAUGGCACCGCUCCCGCUGGUUCAGAUACUGAACCCGCCAGCCGGCCACCUCAUGGCGUGGCAGAAGAUGGUGCGCGCCCAGGUCGACGAUAUCAUCACCAAGAACAAACAAGGCAAGAAGACCACAGGCACCGUGUUUCAGGCCUUGCUGGAUAGCGACCUACCGCCUGAGGAGAAGAGUGCCGACCGUCUCCAAGACGAAGGUCAAACCAUUGUCGGCGCAGGUUCCGAAACCACGGCCAAGUCCCUUGCCGUUAUUACCUUUUACCUCUACGAAGACAAGAAGAAACUCGAGAGACUUCGGAGCGAGUUGCGCACUAUCAUGCCGACACCAACAAGCUCAGUGUCUUUGACUGCAUUGGAACAGUUGCCGUAUUUCACCGCCGUCAUCAACGAAGGUAUUCGUCUAAUGUUUGGUGUGACGACAAGAUUGCCUCGCGUGUCGCCUACCGAGGCCUUACAAUACAAGGAUUGGGUGAUCCCAGCCGGAACCCCUGUAAGCGAAACCAACUAUUUCGUGCACAUGGACAGCAGCAUCUUCCCGAACCCGGAAACCUAUGACCCAGAUCGCUGGCUCCGAGCCGCACAGGAAGGCUUCCGUCUCGAUCGGUACUUUGUGUCAUUUUCAAAGGGGAGCCGUAUGUGUGUUGGUAUCAACCUCGCAUACGCCGAACUUUAUUUGACACUGGCACACAUCGUUUCCCGCUUCGACAUUGAAAACUUCGACACCAAUGUCGAGCGGGACAUUCAGAUCAGCAGAGACUUGUUCGUUGGUGUGCCCAGGGCCGAUUCACAGGGAAUAAGAGCCAAGAUUGUUGGUGUAAGGAGUUGA